AUGAUGCAUUGCCACUCUUUGGGCCAGUCCGUGUCUGUAAGGCAGCUGAGAAUGGAAGCUGCGAUGACGAACCAGCAAACCAUAAUAAUAUCAUCCAGUGAAGAUCUGCUUCCAAGGAACAUGCCCUUCACCUGCACUGACCAUGCCGCCGCAUCCGACCAGCGCGAAACCUCCCUUCUUCAGUCUGAACCGUGGAGCGUGGACUAUCGGGUUCAGGAGUCGGAGCACAAGCUGUAG